UCUCAAUAAAAAUGUUGAAAAGUAAAAACUACGUAUAUGGCGGAGACGAUGGCAUCAUACCUGCUCACAUACAUUUUGGAACAUUUAUGUUACUUCGUGCAAAAAAUUAUAAUACAAACAUAGCUCUGAUUGAUGCGGACACAGAUAAACGAAUGACGUUUAACGAAUUUGCGCAAUUAUCUGUGAACAUUGCACUAUCGCUGAAAAAGCUGGGAGUGGGUAUCGGCGAUGUGGUCUGUGUCUGUAGCGAGAAGAGGAUGGAAUUCAUGCCUACAAUAGUCGGAGUAUGCUGUACUGGAGCCAGUUUUGCUGCAGGAGACAAUAGCGUUAAAAAUGAUGCAUUUCUCUAUCGCUUGAAAAUCUUGAAUCCAAAAGUUUUGUUCAUAUCCCAAGCGUCGUAUGAAACACAUAAACAUAUGUUGUCUACAAUGAACAUAGAACAUAUAGUUAUAUAUGGUAAGGGAUCGGAGAAGACUUUCGAAGAGUUCCUCAGUGAAAGUGCUGAUGUAGAGGAUUUUGAAGCUACGCCAGUAGAGGGAUGGAAGGACAUUGCUGUAAUACAAUUUUCGUCAGGCACCACAGGACUUCCAAAGGCCGCGAAAUUUACGCAUUUGAACUUUAUACAAGCUAUAACACAGAGUAAAAGGAAAUACCAGGGGUUUGAUAUGAAUAAUAAAUACGCGGGUUCUAUGUCACUGGUGACGCGCGAGUGGUACUACACAUAUGGUCUAUUUCAUACAAUAAGUUCGUUGGCUCUUGGCGCCUGCGUUGUGUUCACUAGAGAGAACAUUAUUGAAGAUUUCCUUAGUGCUAUUGAAAAGUACAAGAUACAGUAUCUCCAAAUCGUCCCAAAUAGUUUAAUGGACAUAAAAAAUUGUGUUAAUCGUCAAAAAUAUGAUUUAUCAUCUGUGGAGCACAUUCAUAGUACCAGCUUACCUAUUGGUAAAGAUUUGAUAAGUGGUGUAAAAAUCGACUUUCCCAACGCCAAGGAUCUAAAACAAAGCUAUGGAAUGACAGAAUCAGGUUGUGUUAUACACGAGGAAAUCCCAAAGGGGGACAAAUUGGGGACCGUUGGAAUGGCCUGUGUGGGGACCGUUAUCAAGGUGGUUGAUAUAAAAACAAAUCAAACACUUGGGCCAAAUUGUCGCGGAGAGAUUCGUUUUAAAUCAUUAUCUUUGAUGGCUGGUUAUAUUGGUGAAACAGAUCGUGAUUAUUUGGAUGAUGAGGGGUUUUAUAAAACUGGUGACGUUGGGUAUUAUGAUGAUGACAAAUAUUUUUAUAUCGUGGACCGAAUCAAGCAUUUGCUGAAGUACAAAGGAGCAACGAUUUCACCAGCUGAAGUAGAGAUGGCGCUAAUCAAGCAUCCGGGUUUGAAAGACGUUGCCGUUACGUCAGAUCCGUUUAGCGAAGCGCCUGUCGCAUUCGUAGUGACUCAACCCGGCUGUGACGUCACACUACAAGAAAUGAAUGAUAUUCUUCACAUUGAGAUACCAUCAGCUAGUUUAUCAGAAAUUAGAUUUGUCGAGGCGAUACCUCGAGGCGUUGAAACGAAAAUUAACAGAAACGCGUUGAAAAACAUGUUAAAAUAGUUUUUAUAUACCAUAAAUGAAUUGUUCUAUAUAUUAAUUAUAACGUUAUUAAGAAUAUGACUACAUAUAUCAAUUACAA